UGUAACCGGAUUGAGUUUUACCGGAUUCCGGAUACCGGAUAAUUAUUGCCAUGAUUCACCGGAUAUUGAACCGGAUUCCGGAUAGUAGAAUGUUCUUUAAUUACGCGCAAUUCACACUUUGUUUGUUCAGCCAAAGUGCCUCUUUUCACAUACAUCAAAGCUGGGAACUUAGUUCACUGUGCUAACAAAGCAAGUGGUUGAUUUCAGACGAAGUUGUUGUCGAGCACGAGCUAGUGAAAUCAUGGACAAGAGGCGGGCUCUCAUAUGGAACUAUUUCAACAUACAGUCGAACCAAAGCACGCAUGCUAAAUGCAAUGUCUCUUCUUGCCAACAAGCGAUCAAAAGAGGACAAAACCCGUCCAGCUACUCUACUACUCCUCUCGUGAAUCACCUGCGCUCCAAACAUCGCAACUUAUUCGAACAGUACGAAGCUGCACUGAGUCAGCCUGGAACCUCGAUUGUGCAGAAUUUACCGGCAAAUCAACCAUCUAUUCUCUCAGCAUUCGAAGACGUGAGAGUUUGGCCGCAUGACAAUUCGAAAGCCCGAAAAAUAACGAGAAAAGUGGCUGAGAUGAUUGCUCUUGAUGUUCAACCGAUUUCAAUCGUCGAAGAUUCUGGUUUCAAAGAAUUAUUAACUACAAUAGAGCCAAGGUACUGUCUUCCAUCCAGACCCUACAUUCGAAACGAAAUUGACCUGCUUUUCACAGAGGUGAAAACGAAAAUGAAAGAACUCAUAGCUGGUGAGUUCAUAUCUGUAACCACAGAUAUUUGGACUUCACAGGUUAACAACAUGUGUUUUUUGAGUUUGACGUGCUGCUUUGUGAACACCGAUUAUGUGCGUAAAGUUCUAGUUUUGAACACGUCUCCUUUCCCGGGCACACAUUCAGGAGUCAACAUUGCAGAAAAACUGCAAAAUCUUGUCAACGACUGGGAAAUUCCGGUCGGGAAAAUAUUUUUCUGCGUGUCUGACAACGCCAGCAACAUGAAAAAUGCAAUAACAACCUUCGGUGUCAAAUGGGCGGGGUGUUCAGCUCAUACUAUCCAACUGUGUGUUAACGAUGCGAUUACAAGUCAAAGAGUAAUUACGGACGCACUGAAAGUUUGCAGAAAGAUAAUUGGUCAUUUCAGUCACUCGGCUCAAGCUUGUGAAAAACUGAGGCAAGUGCAGGAUCAGUUGGGUAUGUCUCAUAAAAAACUCAUUCAAGAUGUGUCAGUCCGAUGGAAUUCGACACUACGCAUGAUUGAGCGAAUGAUCGAUCAGAAAGCUGCCGUUACUUUAUAUUCUGCAGAUAACAAUGUUGACCAAUUGUCUUCGAACCAAUGGUCGAUUUUAGACAAGGUUGUUAAAAUUCUCAAACCAUGUGAGCAAUUCACUCUUGAUGUGUCAGCUGACACCUCAAGUCUGUCGCUCAUAGUUCCAGGCUACUCUCUCUUGCGAUCUCAUCUUCUGAAUCUUGGAGACGACCAUGGAGUCCAAACGUUCAAAGCUAGUCUGAUAGAAGCUCUGGACAAACGUUUCAAUUAUUACACUUUGGAUCCUUACAUUUGCUUGGCUAGUUUCCUAGACCCGCGUUUCAAAGACAAGUACAUCUCCCCUGUCGUUUUGGAUCAAAUCAAAGACAUUCUGGGUGAAACACCUGACAUUGAGGUCAUCACGCCAGAAGCAAACAGUGCACCUCGUGAACAGAGUUCUUGCAACUUCUGGUUGGCAGAAGAAGAUGUUACACCUGCUACCCCAUCUACAGUCUCCCAUCUCGAUAGCGAAAUUUCUGAAUACUCUUCGUUGCCGAGAUCGAACAUGGCUCUUAAAGAUCCAGUUUGUUACUGGAAAUCAGAGACGCGGUUUCCUGCACUAAAAAAUUGGGCGAAACAAGUCUUAAGCGCACCUGCUUCCUCAGUCAGAAGUGAACGAGUUUUCAGUACAUCUGGCAAUGUUCUCUCUGAGAAACGAAACCGGCUCAACAGCAACUUCUCUGAAAUACUGGUGCUUUUACAUGAUAAUCUUCCACUUUUGAAGUGA